AUGGAAACGAAGUAUCAAUUUAAAGGUCCCAAAAGUUGGAUAGUUGGUUGGGAUGGCAAUAAUUGUUCUACCUUUACCGCUAAUAUCGUUGCAAACUGUGCCUCGACGUUUAAAUUAAGUGUGGAUGCUGAAAAGAAGGAUGUUUACAUUUCUCUUAGUCAAAUUCUUUCUAUG